AUGGCUCUGAUACCUCCAAGUUACUGUUUUGUUGCAUUUCCACCACGUACUAAAGAGGGUCUUGUCAUAUUUGGAAAAAAUUCUGCACGGCCGAGGGAUGAGGUGCAGGAGGUAGUUUACUUUGCUGCUGCUACUCAUGAUCCAGGAUGCAAAGUUGAGUGCACAUAUAUUGAGAUUGACCAGGUGCCCAAAACUCACGCAGUUGUGCUGAGCAGACCAUCGUGGCUAUGGGGGGCAGAAAUGGGAGCCAAUGAACAUGGAGUGUGCAUUGCAAACAAAGCCACUGCCACCAAAGAAGCUGCCUCUGAAACCGAAGCUCUCCUAGGAAUGGAUCUGGUCAGGCUUGGUCUAGAAAGGGGUGCAACAGCUAAAGAAGCCUUGGAUGUAAUAGUCUCUCUGUUGGAAGAAUAUGGCCAAGGUGGAAAUUAUUAUGAAGAUGGGAACUCGUGCCAUGCUUUCCAGAGUGCAUAUCUCAUCACGGACAGGAAAGAAGCUUGGGUAUUGGAGACUAUUGGGAAAUACUGGGCAGCAGAAAAAAUCACAGAGGGAACAAAGUGUAUUUGUAGCCAGCUUUCCUUAACAACAAAAAUUGAUGCUGAGCAUCCUGAGCUUAGAAGUUAUGCAGAAAAUCAAGGCUGGUGGACGGCAGAUACCGAAUUCAAUUUUGCUCAAGUAUUUUCUCAAGCAGAUAAUCAUUCUGAUUGUUGCUUGGGGAAGGAGAGCCUAGAUAAACAGGAAGGAGACAUCACGGUGCAAACGAUGAUUGAUGUCUUGCGUGACAAGGCCAGAGGUGUUUGUGUGGAUUCAGAAUCUUUCCUUACUACAGGAAGUAUGGUGUCUGCUUUACCUCAGAAUCCUAGUUCUCCUUGCAUCCAUUACUUCACCGGCACACCGGACCCAUCAAGGUCCAUAUUUAAACCCUUCAUCUUUGUUGAUGAUGUGAAAUUAGUUCCAAAAGUUCAGUCUCCUGUCUUUGGUAGUGAUGACCCUGUGAAAAAAAUUCCUCGGUUCCAGAAGAAAGUGGAUCGCAGACAUGAGCUAUACAGGGCACAUGAGUGGAUCCAAUCAGUCAUAGAAAGUGAUCAGGAGAAAGGUCAAAACUUGAGAAGAACCAUGCUGGGCCUUGAAAAACAAGGCUUGGAAGCGAUGGAGAAUAUCCUUACCAGCUCUGAAGUUCUUGAUCCUUCAGAAGUAGAAGACCUUUUCUAUGACUGUGUUGAUACAGAAAUCAAAUUUUUAAAGUGA